AUCCCAGUAAAUUUAAGACUCUGGUUAACAUUACAGGAAGGUUUAAAUAGAAGGUUCAAAUUUCUGAGAAAAGAUUGGAUAGUUUAUCAGCCUAAAUCAUAAGCAACCCAUCGACGUGGAACCAGUGGAAGGCUCAUUCAGUCAUUUGGCAGAAGAGAAAUCCGAAGCGUCCCACCAACGCGACGCGGCACAACACCUCGCGUCCAGCGCACGCACCAUUUGCUUUGCUGCACGGAACUUGAACUACAGAGCCCAAAACCAAACCCCUCGCCGUCGCAACCAAAACCCCCACCCCACCCGCCGACCAGAGCCAGGGCCCGCCAUGGAGCUCGCGGAGGCCGCCAGGGACGAGGCCGCCUUCGCCAUGCGCGUGCUCCGCCACCUCGCCUGCGCUGGUGGCACGGCGGCCGCAUCGGGCGCCAACCUCGCAGUCUCCCCUCUCUCCAUCCACGCCGCGCUGGCGCUGCUCGGCGCGGGCGCCCGGGGCGCCACGCUCGACCAGGUCGUCGCCUUCCUCGGCCCCGCCGGCGGCCCCGCGCACGCCGCGCUCGCGUCCCACGUCGCGCUGCGCCUCCUCUCCGACAGCCCCGGCGACGACGGCGGGCCCAGCGUGCGCUUCGCCAACGGCGUGUGGGUCGACGCCGCCAUGCGCCUCAAGGUCGCCUACGCCGCCCUCGUCUCCCAGCACUACCGCGCCCAGGCGCUCCCGGCGUCCUUCAAGGACAUGCCAGAGGAGGCGAGAACCCAGAUCAACCGGUGGUUCGAGAGCGCGACGGCGGGCCGGAUCAAGGGCCUCCUGCCCCAGGGCUCCAUCAACGGCGCGACGCUGGCCGUGCUCGGGAACGCGCUCUACUUCAAGGGCGCCUGGUCUCGCAAGUUCGACCCCCGGCUCACCCUCGACGACACCUUCCACCUCCCCGCCGGCGGCAGCGUCCGCGCGCCCUUCAUGUCGAGCAGCGACCGCCAGCAGCACGUCGCCUGCCGCUCCGGCUACAAGGUGCUGAGGCUGCCGUACGCGCGCGGCCGCGAGCGGCGGUACUUCUCCAUGUACAUCUACCUCCCCGACGAGCGCGACGGACUGCAGAGCCUGCUGCACAGGCUGGGGUCCGACCCGGCGCUGCUGGAGAGCUCCACGACGCUGACGGCCCAGGUCCCGGUCGGCGCCUUCAAGGUGCCCAGGUUCACCAUCUCGUGCAAGACGGACGCGACCGAGCUGCUGCAGGACCUCGGCCUGCGCCUGCCGUUCGCACCCCUCGCCGCCGACUUCUCCGAGAUGCUGGAUUCGGCGGCGCCGCUCGUCGUGUCGGCUGUCUUCAACCGGUCCUUCGUCGAGGUGAACGAGGAAGGGACGGAGGCGGCCGCGGCGAGUGCCGUUGUUGCGUCCUUUGGCGCCGCGGCGGUGAGGACGCCGGUUCAGGUUGUGGACUUCGUGGCCGACCACCCGUUCGUGUUCUUGAUCAAGGAGGAGCUCAGCGGCGUCGUGGUUUUCGCCGGGCAAGUGAUCAAUCCGUUGGUUCCAUGAAUCUGGCUGUGCAGACACAAAACAAAGUAUCUUUUUCCUUUUGGGGCUUUCAGGAUGUUAUUUUGUGUAAUGUGUAGUGUCCUUUUUCUUCUUUUAGUGAACUUUUCUGCCUGUUGAUACAUUACUUGCCUUUUCAAAGAUGUGUCCAGUACUCCAAUAUGAUUGGAGGGAAUACCAUCUUUGCUAUGUGGAUCCAAGAUACACUUCGAAAGGGACACCAGAAAUGAAGGAGACAUAAAACCUAUGUGCAACAGAAAGUUUCACACUUGCCAGCAAUCGAAAAUGGUACACAGACCUGAAAACACACAUGUCAAAAACAACGGCAUCAGACGCAUAUAAACAGUAAACAUUGAGCUGCAGUUUUUUAAUGGUUUCAGGAGGACGAGAUAUCUCAGCAUGAAGUUACUACUGAACAUAAAAUUUGAAUACCAGGAGCUUCCUGGGUCAUAAAGAGAACU